AACAUUGCAGAGUUGUUAAUUCUACUGUGUGUGGUUGUACACUGUGUCCAUCAGUACAGAAGUUGUCUACAUUAUAACAGUGGUCGCUCUUCACAAGCACUUCAUUGGCUGCUUAAUGCCUCGGAAUGUGUCGAGGAUGAUAUAAAUGCAACUCUUUCUUUACAAGUGGCUGGAGAGGGGUCGACAGACAGCAUCAUCCGCCUCGUAUCUCAGUCAUUUUCCAUGCAAGGUACAAGGAGCUUCCACCGGAUGCAUGUGGUAACCAGGUAGUUCCAGGUUCUGAUCCGGUGGGAUUUCUGCGUGGCUGUAUUGGGCUGACGGAGCAUAACAAGGGCUCCUUGUCAUCCAUACGGACUGGCCCAGAGUCCUCUCCAGCACCAAGAUCCGCACAGCCGGCAACGACCCGACUGAAGACUCCAGAGCAGCCAUUAUGGCUCAGACAGUCCUUGUGUGUGUCACACUGCUGCUGAUGGCAUUCGACUUGUGCUACAGCGACUGCAAGUUUGUGAUGAAGACUGAGAGUGAGUGUUUGGAAAACGGGAUUCCGCACAGCGUUGGCUCGAUGUGGAAGGGAGAUGAUUGCUACUCCUGUUACUGUGGCAAAGUCACUGCUAUCUGCUGUACAGAAUAUGUCCAAACUCCUGACAUCCCAAACAACUGCGAAGCAAUCUUCGACAAGAGACUUUGCAGAUACAGGAUCUACAGCAAAGACAACCCUGACAUUCUGUGUGAAUAGAGAUUUGGAACACAGCAGCGAGAUUCUAUGAAACAGCUUUGAUCCUUAUCCCCCGAGCCAUCUACCAUCGCUUGGACUCGCCCAGUAAUUCAUUCAGUAGACCUUCAGAACAAUUAGCUGUUUAAAUGUCAUUGUUGUAAACUCAUCCAUUAACUGUCAAAAUGUUUAAGUAAUGAAAUAAAUUCUGUUUGACCAG